AUGGAGGAGAGGAGUAUUGUAAAAGUGCCACCCACCAAAAACCUCCCAUAUCCUCAUGCCUCUAUAAGAAGAGAUAAGGAGAGACAAUAUGCUCGGUUCUUGGAGAUUUUCAAAACCUUGCAAAUUAACAUCCCCUUCUUAGAGGCAUUGGAACAAAUGCCUACCUAUGCCAAGUUCAUGAAAGAGCUACUUACCAAAAAGAGAAAAUAUUUUGAUUUGGAGGCGGGAUGUAGUACCAUUAUUCAGAAGAUGUUGCUAGUUAAAUCCAAAGACCCCGGUAGUUUUACUCUACCAGUCACUAUUGGGAGUUUAGCUAUUGGGAAGGCCUUGCUUGAUUUGGGGGCUAGCAUCAAUCUCAUGCCCUUAUCUAUGCUUCAGAGGAUUGUGGAGGAUGUUCUGGUGAAGGUGGACCGUUUCUUGUUUCCCGCUGACUUUGUGGUUAUGGAUAUUGAAGAAGACAUUGAUGUACCUCUCAUUCUUGGGCGACCAUUCAUGAAAAUUGCAAGAGUCCUAAUUGAUGUGGACAAUGGGAAGCUUAAGGUGAGAGUGGAUGAUAAAGAAGUCAAUUUUGAUAUCUUUGAUGCCAUGCACUAUCCCAAAGACAAGAUUAGUUGUUUCCGAGUAGAUGUACUUGAUGACCUUGUGGAAGACACUAGGAAGCAUGCCUCUUUCUCUACCCCUUUGGAGAAAGUCCCGAUUAAUGUGGUAAAAUACCUCCAUGAAGAAGAAGAUAGAUAG